GAAGGAAGUGGUUUUGUUUUAGCUGCAGACAGAGACAGCGUGUUUGUCUUUAAACAUGUCUAAAGUGGAACUGUUGAGAUCGUUGGUGUGUGAGCGUCUAACUGCUGCUGCUGAAGAAAUAUUUGGACUGGUGGAAAGAACCAUAGCAGAGUAUGAAGAGGAACUUUGUCGGUCAAAUCAGGAGAACGAGCGACAGCGGAAACUACUGGACGCUGUUUUAAAACCUCAAGUUCGGGUGCACAGAGCAGUUGUAUCUGCAGACGUUCAGCAGGACCCAGAGUCACCACACAUUAAAGAAGAUCAGACGCAACUCUGCAGCAGAUGGGAGGGAGAGCAGCGUCAUGGACCUGUCCCUGUGAAGAGUAAAGAUAAUGAAGAAGAAGCUCAAUCCUCACAGCUUCAUCAAAGAGAAAUUGAUGAGAACGGAGAAGAGGCAGAGGUUUCAGCCUGUAGCUCAGCUCAACAGAUGGAAACAGAGAGUGAUGGGGAGAACUUUGGAGGACCAGAAGCAACCAGGAGCUUAGAUCCAGAUGGUUCUUUACAACCAGCUAAUGAUGAUGAGACUCCAGACUCUUCCAAACAAACCGACACUGUGAAAUUAAAGGAGGCCCAGACAGGUGUAUCUGUCAAUCAACAAGCUGUAAAUGUCAGGACUUAUGACUGUUUUGAGCCUGAGGCUGAAAACAGGGCUGAUGACUUGAAGAAAACAAGGAAACUUCAGUCAGAAUUUAAAAAACUGACAAACAAGGGCAUUCCUGCAGGGGGUAGAGAAUGUAACACUGGCAAGAAGUCUAUCAGCUGCUCUGAGUGUGGUAAAACAUUUGAACCGAAGACCUGCGGUCCUCCAGGAGUGAAACCAUUUGUUUGCUCAGUUUGUGUCCAAAGAUCCACACAGAGUGCACAUUUCAUCACACAGAAGAGAACUCAUUCAAGAGAAAAAACCUUUAAAUGUUCGGUCUGUAACAAACAAUUUAGCUAUAAGUGUGAUGCUGUGAGACAUAUCAGGAUUCACACAGGAGAGAAACCCUUUAGCUGCUCAGUCUGUGAUAAAAGAUUCACACAGAGCACAGGUUUGGACACACACAUGAGAAUCCACACAGGAGAGAAGCCAUUCAGCUGCUCACUCUGUCCCAAACGUUUCACCCGGAGUGGUAUCCUGGCCAGACACAUGAGAGUUCAUACAGGAGAAAAACCAUACUGCUGCUCAGUGUGUAAUACAAGUUUUAGUCUGAGUCAGUCCUUGUUAAAACACAUGAGGAUCCAUACAGGAGAGAAACCAUUCAGCUGCUCAGUUUGUGAUAAAACAUUUACACAAAAAGGACAUCUGACACAACACAUGACAAUCCACACAGGGGAGAAAUCAUUCAGUUGCUGUGUUUGUGGUAGAAAAUUCACCAGACAGUCGCGUGUGAAAAAUCACAAAUGUGUCACAAAGAGCUGCAGCAGUAAAUGAGACUGCGACUGGCCUACUGUCCGCCCAAAAUGGGUUUAGUCAUUGACAGGGCUCGGUACUCAAUAUCUUUAAGGUAUCACCUGAAAUAACCCGGUACCAAAUAGUAUGAAAACAUCUCCUUUACGCCCUGGAAGUCACGACAUCCCGCCUCCUCGCCAGAUCUGCAGACUUUCAAUUCAAUUCAAUUCAAUUUUAUUUAUAAAGCCCAAUAUCACAAAUCACAAUUUGCCUCACA